UCAGUUUCAGUUCGCGUGCACGGGCCAAACAGUUGACAUAGUGUUGCUUGCGCUCACAGAUUCGUAUCGGGGCUAUAUUGAAAGCGAGCAUCGCAGUUUGCAGCCGUCGGUCGUAGUUGUUGUCGUGGUCGGAAUUGUUGUUUUUAUUGCUGUCAUCGCAGUUGCGUCUCUGCGUGAGUGAGUGAGUUUGUGUGUGUGAGCCUGCCUGGAAUCGCUCAAGCGGGAGUUGGCUGUUACUUUGCUCUCAGCCUCCAGCAUACGCUGCGUCCAAGCUUUCGCAAACACAUCAACAGGACCUUCGUCGCUUCACGCAUCCUCUUUUUAAUAUUCCAUAAGCUCGCUACCAAACGCGUGCUAAGAACUUUUCAGCUCGAGUUUGUAUUAAAGACAGCCCCAAAAUUUCGAAAACAUCGAAAAUGGUCUUCGAUUGUGGCGUUUGGUGUGCAAAGUAUUUGCUUUGCAUACUGAAUUUCAUAUUUUUUGUGCUAGGCACAAUUAUAUUUGGAGUUGGACUAUGGCUGGCCGUGGACAAGCACUCGCUGAUUGCUCUGCUGAAGCUCGUCGAGAGCGAACGCAUUGAGCAUUUUACACAGACUCAGGUCAUAGAGCAAAUGGCUUACGUUCUGCUCGUCAUCGGAGCCGUGAUGUUCUUCUUGAGUCUCUUGGGCUAUUUGGGCGCCAUGCGUGAGUCUCGCUGUCUGCUGUCCACGUACGGCACCCUCCUCAUACUGCUGCUGGUCGCCGAGCUGGUGGCCGGCGGGCUGGCCAUCUUCUACAAGGAGCGUGUGCGCAGCGAGAGCAAAAAGUUUCUGCAGACAACAAUCACGACCUACACGCUGGGCGAGAACAUGGACGCCAGUUCGCUGAUGUGGAACCAGCUGAUGGGCAACUUUGGCUGCUGCGGCGUCAACGACUAUCGCGACUUCGAUGAGUCGGAGGCGUGGAAGAAUACCAAAGGCAAUCGCACCAUACCCGAUGCCUGCUGCCGGCUGAAGGACGUUGCGCAGCUGGUGCCGCGCGACGAGGACUGCGCCACCAAUCCCAGCGACAGCAACAGUUACUACAUGAAGGGCUGCUAUGAGGUCUUCACUGAGUGGUUGAUACGGCAGAGGGAGCUGAUCAUUGGCGUCAUUGUCACCGGCAUCGCCCACCUGGUGCUGGUCAUACUCGCCUUUGCGCUAUGCAAAGCAUUUGCCAAAUACGACGAUAUGCGUCUGUAAAUUGAGUUCACUGUUAAGACUAGCCAAAAAGAAAGUGAAGAAAGCACACACACACUCACAGAGAACAGGACAUUCCAAUUAAACCAAGACAGUGAAUGGAAACCGCUAAAGAGAGUAUCGAACAACAACAACAACAACCCUAACGAAAAUUGAGUUGUGCUCAAAAACUUUAAAUGCAUUUCCCAGCCCUCACACAAGAAUAGAAAAAAACUUUUACUCUUAAAAAAAAAAAAAAAAACAAAAAA